ACGAUUGUGUUCUUGGUCUGAGCGAAACCCUAGAUUCGGCCAUAACCCAUUGAGCAGAGAUGCUGCGAGUAGCAGGAAGGAGGCUUUUUUCUGUGUCGCAGAGAUCUUCGACGGCGACCUCCUUCGUCCUUUCCCGUGACCAUACCCUUUCCGAUGGCGGAAACUCCUCUUCCGCCUCUAGAUCUGUCCCCUCUGCAGAUCUCUCAUCUUUCAAUUCUUACCACCGGAGCCUUAUAAGAGGUUUCGCUUCUCAAGUCCUUACUCAAGGAAAUGAGAUAGGUUUUGCUUCCGAAGUCCCAGCCACUGUCGAAGCUGUCAAAACACCUAACUCAAAGAUUGUCUAUGACGACCAUAACCAUGAGCGUUACCCACCUGGUGACCCUAGCAAGCGUGCAUUCGCCUAUUUUGUCUUGUCAGGUGGAAGGUUUGUUUAUGCCUCUGUUAUCCGCCUGCUUGUUCUGAAGCUUGUUGUGAGCAUGUCUGCAAGUAAAGAUGUCCUUGCCCUUGCAUCCCUUGAAGUUGACCUUGGGAGCAUCGAACCAGGAACUACCGUGACAGUCAAGUGGCGUGGAAAGCCAGUCUUCAUCAGGCGAAGAACCGAAGAUGACAUCAAGCUGGCCAAUAGUGUGGAUGUUGGAUCCUUGAGGGACCCACAAGAAGACUCGGUUAGAGUGAAGAAUCCAGAAUGGUUAAUCGUGGUUGGAGUAUGCACUCAUUUGGGGUGCAUCCCCUUGCCUAAUGCUGGUGAUUAUGGCGGUUGGUUUUGUCCGUGUCACGGUUCGCAUUAUGAUAUCUCUGGAAGAAUUAGGAAAGGUCCUGCACCAUACAACCUGGAAGUACCAACCUACAGCUUCUUGGAAGAGAAUAAGUUACUCAUUGGUUGAUGAGUAAAUCGCAAAAGUCAGUGUCUUGGUCUUGGUCUGAAUGAUCUUAAAUCUGUUUUUGUUUUAAUAUUUUCCGGCAUUUUAGCGUGCAAGGUCGCUUCCCUCACACUUUGGACUCUCAGCAAGAUUGUCUUGUUUUGCUGAAUAAUACAAACUUGUCAUUGUAUGACUUAGUAUCUGUCUCAUCUGGUGAAAUACACUGUUCAUAGCCUC